GGAAGGCCAUCCUCUUGAGUACAUGCCCAGCACACGCAGUGAUGGGCCCUGUGAGCACAAGCAAGAUCGGCCUCUGGCUGGAAAUCAGCUUGAUCCUAUUUCAUGUCGGUGUGCUGGGUGCCUGUACUGUCUCCGUGGUGCAGCCAGGUUACCUAGAGGUGGACUACACUUCUGAGACCGUCACCAUGGAGUGUACCUUUUCCACAACUGGAUGCUCUUCAAAGCAACCAAGAAGCCUGUGGUUUCGCUGUGGCACUCAUCAGCCUGAGGCUCUGUGUUUGGAUGGAUGCAGAAAUGAGGCAGACAAGUUCACGGUGAGAGAAACCCUGGACCAGAACCAAGUCUCCCUCACUGUCAACAGGGUGUCUCCAAAUGACAGUGCAAUUUACAUCUGUGGAAUAGUAUUUCCCCAUGAGCCAGCACCGAGAGCUAAACAGACUGGAAACGGGACUACACUGGUGGUGAGAGAAAGAUUUCUCAGCAGGGAGGUGCGCAGUCUCCUGAUAGUGCUCUUAGCACUGCUCUCUGUCUACAUCACCGGGGUGUGUGUGAUCUUCCUAGUCCUCUGCAAAUCAAAAUCUAAGAGUCCAAGAAGUAGAGAAACCAAAGAAGACUCACAAAAGAAGAGUGCUCGGCGAAUCUUUCAGGAAAUCGCUCAAGAAUUAUACCAUAAGAGAUACGUGGAAACAAGCCAACAGCCUGAGAGAGACGGCACUUAUGAAAACAGAAGAGCACUUCCCAACUCUGGAAGACCAUAGAUGUGCUUCACUUUUCAUUAAAUCACUGCAACUGAAA